CACGCAGACGCAGACGGACCCAAACCCCCCAGCCAGGAUCCCGCCGCACCCGCGCCCGGCGUCUACAUAUAACCCGCCCGCACAGCGGGUGCAAAGCCAACAGCACUGUAACACUUGUCCGCGCCGAUCGACCGAGCCCGAGAGCGCGCCAAUGGACCCCUGCGCCUUCGUCCGCCUCACCGUGGACCAGCUCCUCCUCAAGCUCCCCGCCGUGCCGCGCCCCAGCUCCGGCGCCGCCGGCGUGCACCCCUCCACCUCCCCCUGCUUCUGCACGCUCCACCUCCAGGACCACCCUUCCUCCCUCUCCCGCACGGCGCCGCUGCCCCUCGCGUCCGCCUGCCUCCCUGGCGGGGCCAGCGGCGGCGACCCCGUCGUGCUCAGCCUCGACGCCGCUGCCGUGCAGAAGCUCUCGGGCCGCCCCGUCGAGCUCGUCGUGACCGUGCACGCGGGCCAGUCCAAGGGGAGCACGAGCACCGGCUGUGGCGUGGGCGCCAGCCGCGCCCUGGGGAAGGUGCGCGUGGCCGUCGACGUCGCGCGCGCCGCGGCUGGGGAGACCGUCGUGGCGCGCGACGGGUGGGUGGACGUGGGGAAGCCGGCGUCGUCGGCCGCGCGCGCGCAGAUCCACAUGCUCGUGCGGGCUGAGCCCGACCCGCGGUACGUCUUCCAGUUCGGGGGCGAGCCGGAGUGCGGCCCCGUCGUCUACCAGGUGCCUGGUGGAAGCACCGGAGGCGGGCAGCGGCAGCCGGUGUUCACCUGCCGGUUCAGCGCUGGCCGGAGGGCAGCUAGGACCAGCUUCGAUGAGCCCCACCCUUCAACCCCCCUCCCUCGCCAUAAGGGACGCCGCCACUGCCGCGUUGUCGUAGGCUACAGAUCUCUGACGUCGGAAUCGUCCAUGACCCGGAGCCCCAGCCGGAGGCUGCGAUCGUGGCUGAGCACGCUCCACGGCGACGGGGACAAGCGUGCGCAGCGCGACCAGCGCAAGGGGUGGAUGGUGACCAUCCACGACCUAUCCGGCUCCCCGGUGGCGGCGGCGUCCAUGGUCACGCCGUUCGUGCCGUCCCCGGGCUCCGGCCGCGUCUCCCGCGCCAACCCGGGCGCCUGGCUCAUCCUCCAGCCCACCGGCGCCGGGGCGUCCAGCUGGAAGCCCUGGGCGCGGCUGGAGGCGUGGCGGGAGCGCGGCCCCGUCGACGCGCUCGGCUACCGCCUCGAGCUGGUCUUCGACUCGGGCCCUGUCGAGUGCGCCGUCCCCAUCGCCCAGUCGUCCAUCAGCGCCAAGCGCGGCGGCCAGUUCGUGAUCGACCCGGCCACGUUCCCCGAGGCCUCCGCCGGCGCCGCGUGGCCGUUCGCCGGCGGGUUCGUGAUGGGCUCCACGGUGGAGGGCGAGGGGAAGGCCAGCCGGCCCACCGUGCAGGUCGGCGUGCAGCACGUGGCGUGCAUGGGCGACGUGGCCGUGUUCAUCGCGCUGUCAGCCGCCGUCGAUCUCUGCAUGGACGCAUGCAAGCUCUUCUCGCACAAGCUCAGGAAGGAGCUGUGCCAGGACCAAGACGACUAGUCUUGGUCUUGGGCUUGACUCUUGUGAAGGUGAUGGCCUGUGGCUGUUUUUUUAGUUUAGGCUGGGUCGGAUCACAAGAACAGAUCGAACGAGUGUGUGCUUAUUCUUUCUUUGAGAUAUUCUUUCGAUUCUUUGUAGUAUAAUAAGUAAGUCUAUGCAGCUGUAGUGUUCAGUGUCGUGCCUGAUGGAUUCAA